AUGGCCACGGCAAACGAGGAACCGCCCUCGCCCGAGAUGUCACCAACUCCUGCCAUCGGCGCUUGCCCCGAGCUAUCCCGCUGCGUGUCAACAGCCUCCUCCACCUCCCAUGGAUCCGCCACCGACGGUACCUCUCGCGAAUCUCUGGGAAGCUUUCAAGGCAGCUCGUCCUCCCGACAGUCUUCCGGAGCAUACAGCCGCCGCUCAGAUAUAAGCAUUGUAUCCCCACGGCAGUCGACAUACGGCGGCAAGGAGGGUGUGAGCCGCUCUUCCAGCCGCCGCCGCGGAUUUGUACGGCCGCAGGGGACCGACUUCGCUGCGAGUGCCCGGCAUAGAGAGAGCGUUCUGAGCCUGGGAAGCAUUGCCCAUCUGCAAUACUACUUUGCGCGCACCGGUCUCCUCGACGGCAAAGGCGCACAGUUGGCAAGGAAGAACAAGGCAAAAGGGGGGCUGGAUCUCUCGUCCGUCAGCAGCUCGAGCACAUCGUCACCAAGGAUGCUUGAUUCGGAGGGGAACAGCCCGGAACUCGGAUCUCACUCAUUCGAUACUGGGCCCAUUACGGGAUCGCCCACGGAGGAGGAUGAUUACUAUUCUGACGAGUUCGAAGAGGAUCCGGAUGUUCUGCCGCCCACCGCCAGCACCUACAUCCACAGAAAUAAGCCAGUCCCCAAGCCGCCGACGAUACAGGAGUUGAAGGCGGACCUAACGGGUUCUCUUGACAAGGCCGCCGCUGCAACAAGGCGCGCCAAAAUCCACAAAGAACCUCUGCCGGAAAUCCCCGAGAGGAAGCAGGAAAACCAGAGCACGCCUAAGAAGGGCCAGGGCCAGGGCUGGCACGAGGUUCAGGGCAUGCACAUUCUGGAUGUUAUGACGCUGGCCAUUCGCGCUGCGAGGAAUUAUUAUACGGCCCAUGAGGUUCCGGAGCGGCUGGAUGCCAUCAAGUCCGAGAAAGAGAUCCGCGCAGAGUUGCUCUCUGUAAUGGAAACUUUGAAGCAGAUGGCGACCCGCAACUGGGCCGGCGGAAUGAGGGACGAGGAGCUUCAAAUUCUGGAUUCUUGGGUUCGGGGGCUGUUUGACAUGCUCAAGAAAGAGGAGGAGAUGGAGGAAGCCGAGAAGGCGCAGCGCAGUACUUGGACAUGGCUUUCGGGCAAUUGGACAGGCAAGGAGGUCGAGCGAGAGCUGGCCUUUAUGGCAUCACUUGACCCCUCUGCUGGCCCUCUACCGGAAUAUACCCCUGCGGCCGGCGCGACAGAGUUGCCCACGCCCUUUCUCGAGACUUGGCAAAAUGGCAUCCGGCUCGUUGAGCUACAUAACGCUGCGGUCAAAAGGUCGAAGCGUCGGUUCGGCCUGAUCACCUCGUUCCACACCGACACAGACAAGCCGUACCGGUGCGCCGACAACAUCCGCUACUGGGCCAAGGCAGCGGAGCUGCGUUGGGAGGUCCUUCUUAAAGUGGAUGCUCUCGGCAUCGUCUACAACAACUCUCCCGAAGUCUGGGUUAACUUCGAGAAGGCCAUCAUAGCUUGGAGCCGCAAGGUCCGCGAGGAGAUAACGCCUGAACUCAUGGGCUGA